AUGCCUUCAGUCGCAUUUGAUCUUAGCCGAAAGGCAGAGAAGGGCUCUGUUACCUACUAUCUUCUGUUUGGCGUUGAAGCUGUUUCCAGACAGGAGGUUGGGUGGCCUUUUUCUUUGCUCCUUGUGAGGCGUAAAAAAAAUGGAGAAGAUGGAGAAUCAACUAUUGUUGUUGAAAAAGACCAUUUUAUGGAUGAAUUCUUCCAGCAGGUUGAGGAUCUCAGGAAUAGUAUAGCUAAAAUUGCACAAAAUGUGGAAGAAGUUAAGAAAAAGCACAGCAUUAUCCUGUCUGCACCAAAUCCUGAAGGCAGAACAAAGGAAGAACUUGAGGACCUAAACAAAGAAAUUAAGAAAAUUGCUAAUAAAGUUCGAGCCAAAUUAAAGACAAUUGAACUAAGUUUUGAACAGGAUGAGAAUGCUAAUAGAACUUCAGUGGACCUCAGGAUACGAAAAACACAGCACUCAGUAUUGUCCCGCAAGUUUGUAGAGGUCAUGACAGAAUACAAUGAGACGCAGACACUUUUUCGUGAGCGGAGUAAAGGACGAAUACAGCGACAGUUAGAAAUAACUGGAAAAACCACCACUGAUGAAGAACUGGAAGAAAUGUUAGAAAGUGGUAAUCCUUCUAUUUUCACUUUUGAUAUUAUCUCAGACUCCCAGAUUACUAGACAAGCUCUAAAUGAAAUUGAGUCCCGUCAUAAAGAUAUUAUGAAACUGGAAUCCAGUAUACGGGAACUACAUGACAUGUUUAUGGACAUGGCAAUGUUUGUUGAGACUCAGGGAGAAAUGAUCAACAACAUAGAAAAGAAUGUGAUGAAUGCAUCAGACUAUGUAGAGCAUGCUAAAGAAGAGACGAAAAAGGCGGUUAAAUAUCAAAGUAAAGCCCGAAGGAAAAAAUGGAUAAUUGUCAUUGUAUCACUGGUCUUGCUUGCGAUAAUUGCUCUAAUUAUUGGUUUAUCAGUUGGUCGGUGAUGCUUGGAUAACUUCAGCAUGCAUGCCCCUCUGCCAGCAUGGCAAAAAUGAUGUUCAUAAUUAUUUGUGUAACUGUCUUGCUUGUGAUCCUUGGAAUUAUCCUAGCAACCACGUUCUCAUAGCAAGCAUAUUCCAGGAAUUAUGAAUCUUCAGACACUCCAAAUCACAGCUACACUAAAACCAAAUACUUUAGUUUUGUGUAAGGGAUGUUUUACACCAAGUUACCAUGAUGAGCUAUCAUUAGAAAUUUAAAAAUGAAAACUCAGUGGCCCUUAAUGUUUAAUACUAUCGGAGAACUGGUCUAUUUAUGGGAUAUGGGUUUGGAUUUUCAUCCUAAACUGCAUGUGUUUGUGAGUAUGAAGCCUGUUUUUAACCAUUUUAAAAGUAAAGUGAUUUGAGAAAUCAGGUUUUGAUAUCAUAGUGUUAUGAACACAAUUUAAUUAACAAAACAUUAAAUAGUUCUAUAUUUGGCUUUACUCUUCAAUUGCUAAUAUAAAUCUAAUUACGAAUGUUAGUAGCACAUUUGUGUUCUCUUCUUAUUAGGAAAAUAAUUGAUUUUUGAACACUUUUAAUGAGUUGCUAACCAUAACUUUAAAUACAACAUUAGCUGUUCAAUCAUCUUUGUGUAUCUAGUUUUUAAAGAGAAAUAUCUUCCCCUGUGAUAAGUACUGCAUUAUUUUAUUUUCAAACUCAGUUUUCACUUAAGGAUGAUAUUAUACAACUGUUUUUAAUUCGUUGAGGAAAAACCCAGGUUCCAGAAAGGUUAUGAGGCAACCCAAAAAGAACUGAAAUGCCUCCUUUUUAUAGUGACUAUAAAAUAUAAACUGUUUUUUUAAAUCUCUCCAGAAGAUGAUUUGGAAGGUUUCACUCAACAACACUGCAGCAAGUUGCAUUAACUUAGAAUUUAAAAAAAGGCCUGGCUUUCACACAUCACUGUGAAGCUUGCUGUUCAAUUUUGUAUUAUUGAUAUUAAUUUACUGUUUUUAAAAAAGAUUUUAAGUAAUUAAUCCACAUAAUUAAGAAAAUGGCUGCAAUACUUUCCCGGCAUAAUAAUGCAAUAAUGAAUCGCAAAUAGCAUUUGAGCUUUUUAGAAAGAUAUGCACAAUAAAUUGUAUUUUAGACUAUAACACUAAAUUGACUGAUCAGUUUAGCUUUACAAUUUACGUCAGUAUGGCCAAAUCCCGUACUUCAUCUUGUUCCUCAAAGUAAAAAUCAAGCCUUAAUUUUCAAGUGUUUUGCAAAUGGUAGUCCAUGAUGAAAGCAAACAGAAACAAAUAUAUGCUUCUUUUAGUCGCAUUUUAGUUUGGGAUUUGCUAAGUGAGACACUGAUUUGUUAUGAAAUUUACUGUUGUGAAUUUAUGUAACAUGUAUGAAGUGUUUAGUGUUAAUAAUAUGCAUCAGUUAUGAUAGUUUGUAAAGUUUUAAACUUUUCAAAUGUAACCAAUAUAACUGAACUUAUUGUUACAUUUUGUACUUGUACCUUUCUGUGUAAAAUAUUUGUAAUUUGUAUUUUAAUUUCUCAUUGUUUAAAUAUAUUUGUGUAGAUAUGUUGAGACAAAUGUCAAACAAGCAUAAUGGGUGCCUUCUUAA